AUGAAUCUAACAUCUCUUGUUUCACUCGAUAUCGGGCAGAAUUAUUUCAGUUCUACCUCAGAACUCAAUUUGUUCGUCCACCUUUCCAGCAAUCUUCAAGUUCUAAGACUUGACCGAAAUAACUUCAAUGGGCCGUUUCCUUUCAAGAUGUUUGAAAAAUUCAGGUAUUUGUCUGUCUUAGACAUUCAUGGAAAUUCUUUUAACUCCUCAGCUUCAAUGCUAGAUUCACUCUGCAACCAUUCUAGUCUUGUUGUUCUUGAUCUUAGUUUCAACGAACUCGAAGGGCCGCUUCCUCUUUGCCUUGGAAACCUGACUUCUCUGAAGGUUUUUGAUCUAAAAAUAAACAGAUUUGAUGGAAAAAUACCCAGUGAGUUGGGCUAUCUCAAAGAACUUAGUUAUCUCGACUUGUCUUCGAAUUCAUUCAACUCUUCCAUUCCCUCAAGUUUGGGGAAACUCAGAAAGCUAGAAUUUCUGUAUCUUAAUGGUAAUCAUCUGUAUGGUAAAGUACCUGCAACUCUGGGGCAACUCAGCAGACUGAAACAAUUAUCCAUCUCAGGGAAUUCAUUGACUGGUGAGAUAUCCGAAUUGCAUUUUAUGAAACUCAAACGUUUGAAAUACUUGGGAUUCUCUGGAUUUGUUGAACUCAGAGUGAAUCCUCAAUGGAUCCCUCCAUUUCAACUAAGUGUCACAUACUUGGACUUAUCAAAGAAUAAAAUCAACAACGUGUUGCCGUCAUCAAUGAAGAACUUGAGAUGUUUAAUUGAAGUUGAUCUCAGCGAAAACAAACUUACCGGCACCAUAACAGAAUGGAUUAACCAGGAGUUGUCACAAUUACGGAUGCUUACACUUCGAUCAAACAGUUUCUACGGUGUGAUACCUUCAUCCUUCAAGUACUUUAAGUAUUUUUAUUAUCUUGAUCUCAGCGAGAAUCAGUUUACUGGAACCAUACCUGAAUGGAUUGGUGAAGUGUCACAGAUAGAAGAACUUAGACUUCGAUCAAACAGUUUCUAUGGUGUGAUCCCCGUACAACUCUGCCAAUUGCCGUACCUGAAAACCCUAAGCUUGGCAAAUAACAACUUAACUGGAUAUAUCCCUGAUUGUCUUUUGUAA